AUGCUUUUUUACCACUCGGCCAACGUAUCAUCAGCAGUGCAUAUCCACCGCCGACCCUCAACCGGCACUGCCGACAGAAUAUCUCCACCAACGGAUCACCAUGUCACAGGAUUACAGGAUGCUGGCUUCCCCGGGUUCAACCACGUCGGCGCAUACGAGCGUACGGUCUGGCAGAAGCAACAGGCGGUCGCGCAUUGUAUCAAAUGUGACCUGCAAAACAACCCGGCUGCACCAUGCACGAAAUGCGUCGAUGCCGGCGGCGAGUGCCGCAUCCGGUCGUCGAAACGCGUCAAGAACGCCAACGCGCAGAACUCUGGUUUUGCGAGCUCGCCAAGACGAGAAGCCGGAGUGCAGAGCAAUGUCGUCGGAUACAGUGACCAAACCGGCAGCGGCUUGGAGCAGAGCGCCGAUCUUUCGCCGGGCGCCUCAACCGCGGCAGCAGACGGCGGGGGAGGCAGAGGCGAGGAGAUGUCGCUGCUGUCGUAUGCAGCCGAUGUCUUUGCGGGCAGCGACUACCAGCCAUCGCUUCCGCAGCCGCCGCAGCGGCCAUUGCCGGAUCCCGACGCCGAUGCGGCGCUGCGCAGCCAGGUUGUGCCGCCGACGGCGUCGCCUGCGGGACUGCACAACGCGCCCACAACGGCGACGACGACGGCGCCCAGCUACGUCGGCGACUCGGGCUUCCUGCAGAUCUUCCACGGCAUCGGCGCGGCCGUGAUGGCCGAGCGCCAGCAGAGCUACGGCGACGAGAACAACCUGCACGGGCUGCUGGCGGCGGGGCUGCGCGACGGCCGGGACCAGGUGCCGCCGGCGGCGCUGCAGGAGAGCUAUCUGGAGACGUUCUACCAGUUCCAGCACACGUGGUGCCCCAUCCUCGACCGCGUCGACGGCCAGCUGCCGGCGGCGGCGCGCGAGUCGGUGCUGCUGCAGAAUGCGCUGGCCCUCGUGGGCUCGCACGUGGACCCGCCGGUGCUGCCGCAUGCGCGCGCCGCCGAGUACUACGAGCGGUCCAAGGUGCUCUUCUACAGCAACCACGAGAAGAACCCGCUGCUGGCCAUCUCGGCACUGAUGCUCUUCUACUGCUGGGGGCCGGGCCCGCCCGACGUCAUGAGCAUCGACACGGUCUGGUGGUGGACCGGCGUGGCCAUCCGCCAGGCCCAGCAGCUGGGGCUGCAUCGCGAGCCGCGGCCGGGCCAGCCGCCGCUGCCGGGGGAGACGCCGGGGCUGCGCCGGCGCAUCUGGUGGACACUCUUUGCCCGCGAGCGGCUCACGAGCAUCUGCAUGGGCCGGCCCUGCAUGAUCAACGUCGACGACUGCGACGUGGCGGAGCUGACGCUGGCCGACUUCCCGCAGCCGGCGACGGACCGCGCCGAGAUCUUCAUCCAGUGGGUGCGGCUGUGUGCCAUCAUCGGGCGCGCCAGCAUCUAUCUGGCGCGCCGGACGCCCGACACGCCCUUCCCCGUGGCUCUGGCCACGGAACUGCAACAGUGGGUGACGUCGCUGCCGGACCACCUGCAGCUGCCGCUGCAGGGCACCACGCGCGCGGCGCCGCGCUUCGACCGCGACGUCUACCAGCUGCACCUGCCCUACCUGACGACGGUGACGCUGCUGCACCUCCGCGGCGCCUCGCACGCGCUGCCGACGCCGUACAUGACGGCCGUGCUGGCGGCCGCGGUCGUCGCCCGCCUGUUUGAAGACGUCACCGCGCGCGGCUCGCUGCGGUACCUGCACGGCAUCGCCGGCUGGGCCAUUGCCAUUGCCGUCCUGGCGCUGCUGCACGCCCGCAAGGUGCCGCGCCUCGCCCGCGCCGCCGACGCCCACAUCCGCGUCCUGCGCGUCGCCCUCGACGCCAUGGCCAAGCUGUGGCACUCGGCCCACGUCUUUGCCAGCGGCCUCGAGCGCAUCGACCGCUUCCAGGCCGGCGGCGAUGCGGCCGGCGAUGUGGCCGCCGUGCGCAGCGGCUCCGUCUCCGUCUCCGUCUCCGUCCCCGGCGGCCCCAGCCCCACGGACAUGGACAUCGGCCUCGGCCUCGACGCGGCCCGCCACGGCGGCCCUGCUGGCCCAGUGCCCGUGCCCGAGCUGGCCCAGCACGCGGGCCUCGAGCGCGAGGGCCACGACUGGUGCCACUUUUUCCCCUACCUCACGCCCGAGACCAGCCCGCUGGUGGCCCUGCUGCUGGACCCCGUCCUGGUGCCGUCCUUCCCGGACCCCGGAUGGCCCGCCGACCUGGCCUUUCAGCUGCAGGGCUUUCUGGACCCCCUCCAUGAUUUCUUUGCGCCCGUGUUUUGA